AUUAAUCUAAAGAUAUCAAUGGUUGAUCUGUCAUCUGGUGAAGUAAAACCAGCUAAACGAAUGAGAGGUGAAGAAUGUUGGACUGUUGGAGAGUUAAAACAAUAUAUAGGAGAAUUAUUUAAUAUCAAUUUAUUGUGCUUGAGAUUAUUAAUGAAGGAAUAUGGCUACAUGUAUGCUACUUCAGUUCGAGAUAUUACAAAUGUAGAAAGUUGUUUAGAGAAGAUGCUUUAUCAAGGAUAUCCAUUUACUUUCAGCAGACAACACAGACAGUUCAAUAUGUAUGUAUCGUCAGAUCCUGAAGAUUAUCGAAAAGAAUUCCAUAAUAGUUUGAUGUACAGAUAUGUUGAGAAUCACAUCUACUGGAUACUGCUGAACAUUACAAUACCUCCUCAACCUGAAGCCACUCACACUACAACUCGAAAUGACACUAUUGUACAUGUAUCUGAAGCUGAAAAAAGAAUGAUGAUAAAAAUUAUCUCAAUUACUGAAGAAAAUAAAGGAAAAGAAAGAAAGAUACAAGUCCAAGUUGAUAAGAGAAUAACAUUAGCUCAAUUGAAGGAGGAGCUGGUUCCACUGAUUGCUGUACCAUUUACUGGUUUUAGAGUGUAUAGAAUCAGUAAGUACAGAGAAUAUGAAAUGGAGAGAUUGGAUGAGGCAUUAAUGGGUACUAAAUCUGGAUCGGAGUUGAUAAUAAGACUGGGUAGAGCUGCUAGACCAUUAGGAAGAAGAGAGUACAGAAUUAAAUUAUAUUUGUUACAAGUUUACAAUACAGAAUUUUGUAAGUUUAUGAUGGAUUUUAUUAUUGCUAAGAAUACACAAGUGCAUAAAUUUAAGAAACAAAUUAUUGAAGAAGCAAAGGUACAAGGAAUUGAUUGUGUUCUUGAAUUAGACAAAAUGAGGUUACGUUACAAGAGAGGAGUGUACCCUAGCACAGUAUAUCCUGAUCAUGAGUUGAUUAAUACAAGGCUAAGUAGGGAAAUACCUGUACAUGUAUAUGUGGAACCAUUGAAAG